AUGAACUUCUUUAGACAGAAAAAGGAACCAACGGCAAAUAGUUCUUCAACCACUUUACAAUCAGAUACAGCAUCGAUAUCUUCCAAAACAAGUGCUUCAAGUUCAAGUACUUCUAAUUCUAAUAUCAGUGGGAUCCUUAAAAAGAAUAAAAAGACUUAUAUCAAGUGUCAAAAACCAUUUGAGGAGCCUCUCAAUCCUCCUAAACCACCUAUUUUUGAUUUAACAGAAGAACAACAAGAUAAAUAUGACCAAAUUUUACAUCAUUUCGAGGAAUAUAUAAAAAGACAAGAUAUUCCGGUUAAUGAUUCUAUAAAUGCUGCCACUCAUCCAUUAGUAGAAGAAGAAUUAGCAUGGUUAACCAAAGAAUGCUUUUUAAGAUAUUUACGAGCUACCAAAUGGAAAGUUGAUGCUGCUAUAAAACGAUUAGAAGAAACUAUAGUUUGGAGACGUACUUUUGGAGUUGUCCAUAUUCCAGAUCAUACAGAUUCAGAAAAAUUAUUAACUUCUGAUUUAGUCAAACAUGAAAAUGAAACUGGUAAAAAUAUCAUCGUAGGUUAUGAUAAUGAUAAUCGUCCUUGCCUUUAUUUAAGAAAUGGUUAUCAAAACACUGCUCCUUCCAUUAAACAAGUUCAACAUUUAGUAUUCAUGUUGGAGAAAGUUAUCCAAUUCAUGCCUCCGGGCCAAGAUACCCUUGCAUUAUUAAUAGAUUUUAAAGCUGCCCCUGAACAUAUGAAUUUAUCUUCAAAAUUCCCAUCCUUAUCAAUUUCAAAACAAGUAUUGCAUAUUCUUCAAAAUCAUUACCCUGAAAGAUUAGGUAGAGGUCUCUUUACCAAUAUUCCUUGGAUAGGGUAUACGUUUUUCAAAGUGGUGGGUCCAUUCAUUGAUCCAUAUACGAGACUGAAAACUAUUUAUGAUCAGCCUUUUGAAAAUUUCGUUCCUAAAGAUCAAUUAGAUAAGGAAUUUAAUGGGAAUUUGGAAUUUGAAUAUGUUCAUGAUGUGUAUUGGCCUGAAAUGAACUUGAUCGCUGAAAAGAAAUAUCAAAUUUAUUUAAACAAUUUCAGAAAAUUAAAUGGUAAAAUCGGGUUAAGUGAAUAUGAUUUAAGAUCAGAAGUUGGAAUUGAAACAGAAACUGAAACAGAACUUGAACCUCAAACUCAAACCCCAAUCGCGGUCCAGGUUUAA